CGUUAUUUGCCUGAAUAAUAAUCAGAGGGUUGUGCAUCGAGUGGGAGUUUUCUCGUGGAGAGGGUUGGAAGUUUCUCAUCGCUCCUCCAAGGAGACGAAAGGAAAAAGAGAAAAAAAAAACAACAACAAAAAAAACCAAACACUUGAGUAUUUUUUUACGCGCGGGGCGGGACUUUCAUUCACCCGGGCUGUGGGUGAGGGGGUCACCUAGUCAGAGACAAUCAGAGAUGUUUGAGUUUCCAUGCGCAGUGACCAGGGAGGCAACACUGCGCGUUAUUUACCCCUCCUCCAGCUCCGACCGCUCCGGCCUCCCACACCAACCCAGGCUCUUAAAGUCACCCCGGUCCAAAAGAGCAAAGCAAAACAAAAACCAAGAAAACGCGUUGCUAAAGGACAAGCGCUGCUGGUGAGAUGUGACUUAAUUCUGCCGGGAGGAAAACAAAACAAACCUGUUGGCGACGAUGAAUUACUCCAGGGCGCAAAUGUCGAACGUCUCUGAGGAGGGGAGUCUGCAGCUGUCCGCUCCUGCAGGCGUGAAGCUGGGGGCGGUGAUGGAGCAGCUGCAGAGGCACCCAGGAGCCAAACUGGAGAUGAACCUGCAGGAGAAACAUUUCCUUCAAGCUCAGUUCCUCUUGGCCCAUCAGGCCGCGGCGGCCCGAGGGCCCGGCGGCUCCAGGCCGGACCCCCUGCUGUGUGGGGAACCGGAUGGACCGAUCCACCAAAGCGUCCCGAACCAGAGGGAGCCGAAGCAAGAGAGCGAAGAUUCGGACGGAGAACAGCGGGAGAUGCUGGAGCCUGAAGAAGGGGAUGAGUUUCAGGAAGAGGGAGACGAGAGGAAAAUGGGUUUCCAACAUGUUUCCCACUUCCAGCCGUAUUCCACGUCUCUGCCGUCUGCCGGCGAGCAAAAGUCUGAGCCUUCGCCGUCAGCAGUGAAGGAGGAGCAGGAGGAGAAGAACCUGCUGCCUCCUGCGGGUCAGAGCAGCUUCUCGUCGCCCAGCGGCCUCGCUGACUGGGGAUACGACGACCUCUUCAAACUGAGAGGAAGCGGCGUCUGGACGGAGGAAUCUGAUGGAGCAAAAGCGAGAGGAGAGCCGUCCAGAGACUUUGCCAAGCUCUAUGAACUGGAUAAUGAUGCCCAACGGAAGGAGUUUCUUGAUGAGCUCUUCGUCUUCAUGCAGAAACGGGGAACUCCUGUGAACCGCAUUCCCAUCAUGGCGAAACAGGUGCUGGACCUGUACAGGCUUUACAAGCUGGUGACGGAGAAGGGAGGACUGGUGGAGGUCAUCAAUAAGAAGAUCUGGAGAGAGAUCACCAAAGGCCUCAAUCUGCCCACCUCGAUCACCAGCGCAGCCUUCACCCUGCGCACGCAGUAUAUGAAAUACCUGUAUCCGUUUGAGUGCGCCAAGAAAGGUCUGAGCUCUCCAGGCGAGCUGCAGGCGGCGAUCGACAGCAACCGCAGAGAGGGGCGCCGUCCCAGCUACACCAGCAGCCUCUACCGCUACUCUCCUUCCCAGACUUCUGCCCCGCAUUCCCUCCUGCCCUCCCCGACCGUGCACACUCCCCCGACCGCUCACAACGGCAUCAACAUGAGCCUGUCUGCCGGGUCAAAUUUAAAACGGAGCACAGAUGAGAACUCAACGCCGGUCAUAUCCAGGCUGCCGAUGGCUCUGGGCCACCAGCACCAUCAGCAGCAGCAUCAGCAGCAGCAGCACAAUCAUCCACAUCAUCAGCUCGCACAGCCCGCCACGUUAGAGCAUCUCAGGGAGAGGCUGGAUCGAGCAGCAGGGGGCGCUCCAGUCGACGGUCCGGAGAAGAAAAUGAUGCGUCUUGCGGAGGAGCAGCAGCGUCUCGUGCAGCAGGCGCUGCAGCAGAACCUGCUGGCGAUGGCGUCCCACCUCAACCCCGUGAGCCUGAAGCUCAACAACGGGAAUGAAAAGAAAAAGGAUUUGUCUCUCAGCAUCUCCACCAACGGACCGGCUAGCAUCAGUGUAUCUGUGGAGGUCAAUGGGACAGUUUACUCAGGGACCCUGUUAGCCCAGAAGACCUCCGCUCCCGUGUCGUCGCAGACCGUGACUCCAGCAGGAACCAGCGGCUUCAGCGCCCUCUCCUCCUCUCACAGUCCAUCCUUUUCGUCUUCCACCUCCUCUAAGGGACCAAAUUAAAGCUUUGAAAAUCUG